UUGUGCAACUGAGCAUAUUAACAUCACAUUUAUUUGGGUGGCUAUGAUUUACAAUGUUUUGUUCUACUUUUUAGCAACUAAAAUAGAAUGUGAUCAUAAAGGGAACAUAAUAAAGAAAACACCAUGUUCACGGCAAAUAGGAACAACAGUCAGCUUAACUAAUUUGUUUGUUUCUCUACCAGUCAGACUAAAGGAAUUCCACAAAAAUGUCAAAAGAGAAUUCAAUAAAAUGACACAACUUCUUUAUGCAUAUUGCUUAAUAUCAUUGGGUGUAAAGAUUACUUGCAGUAACCAAACUAGUGCUAAUUCAAAAAAUUUGGUAGUUGCUACCCAAGGCUCAAUGUCUUAUAAAGAUAAUAUAGCUUGUGUAUUUGGCCUUAAACAAUUACAAAGCAUUCUAGAAAUUAAGCCAGAAUAUGUCAGUAAUAUUAAAGAAAAUAUAUUCAAGGGCUUGUCCCAAGAUGUAGCAUUGACUGAAGAACAAAGUAUAGCAGAUGUGGAAAUCAAUUUAUCAGAAGAUUCUAAUGAUGCUGAAAACAUAGAAUCUCAAGACAUAUGUAGCUCACAAAAGUCGCAAGGCUACCAAAAUGUUGUUAAACCUAUACAGUUUACUGGAUUUAUAUCAUCAUGUGCUCAUGGAAGUGGUCGAUCAACUACAGACAGACAGUUUUACUUUAUAAAUUCACGACCUUGUGAACCCACUAAAAUAAUUAAAUUAAUAAAUGAUGUGUACAGACAAUAUAAUCCAAACCAAUAUCCAUUUGUAUUUUUGAAUGUGAAUAUUGAAACAGCUUCUGUUGAUGUAAAUGUAACACCAGACAAAAGGAAGAUAUUUUUAACCAAAGAGAGUAUUAUACUCGACGUUUUAAAAAACUCAAUAUUGAAACUGUUUGAAAGUAUUCCUAGAACUUUGAAAAUUGACGCAUCUUUACAUAAAGAUAUUGUAGAUACAGUCAAACCUGUCACUAGCCAACCUAGGAUAUUUAAUUCUUUUUUACAGCAAUUUAGCAAUAAAGAUGUUUCUGAAAAAAAUUCUAUCCACAAUAGUCGUAGUAUAGAAAAACCAGACUUAAAAAGGAAAUCUACCUCAAUAUUAGACUUUAUUUCAUCAAAACAUGUUAGAAAAGUAGAUGAUGAAUAUUUGCCAGAUGAUUGUAGUGUUAAACAUUCAGAAUAUUCAGUGGAAGAUGCAAAUAAUAUUAAAGGAGAAUGUGUAUCUAAGUAUGGGGAACCAUCGAUCAAUAAUGAAAAGAAUAUCAAAAACUCUUCAAACAAGACAAUAAGUUUAGAAGGAUCAAAUGAAGAACCAAUCACAAGAAAUAAUCAUGAAGUUUUAUAUUUAGAAUCUACUGAUAAGUUACCUGAUACACAGAUUAGAGGUAUUAAUGAUAUAGAAGUGCAGAAAAAACACACCAUAAAAUGUAAAACAAACAGUUCCUUGUUAAAGCCCUCUUUAACAUCUACUGAUGUUAGGAAAUGUAAAGUUCUGACAGAUAGAGAUGACUUAGGCAAAUACAAUAAGAGAUCGGUAACUUUGAAAACAUCUCUUGAUCAUGUAAAACAUUUAGCCAAUAUAUAUCAAAACAAUAAAUACAAAACAUUACCAGAGAGAGUCAAAUUCAAAAGUACCAUUAAUCCUGUACACAAUAAAAAAUGUGAAGAAGAACUUAGUAAAGAAAUAUCUAUGGAAUCAUUUAAACAUAUGGAUGUUAUUGGCCAAUUUAAUCUUGGUUUUAUUAUAACACGCUUAGAUGAUGAUCUUUUUAUCAUUGAUCAACAUGCUACAGAUGAAAUCUAUAAUUUUGAAAUAUUACAAAAAACAACAGAGCUUACUAAUCAAAAACUGGUAGUUCCACAGCCCUUGGAACUGACUGGAGUUAAUGAACAAAUAUUAAUGGAUAAUUUGGAGAUUUUCAAGAAAAAUGGAUUUAUGUUUGACAUAGACGAGUCUGCCCCACCAACCAAAAGAAUCAAGCUCUUAACAAUACCUAUGUCAAAAAAUUGGAUAUUUGGAAAAGAAGACAUUGAAGAGCUUUUGUUUAUGUUAAGGGAAUCUUCCUCCGAAUAUUGUAGACCUAGCAGAGUAAGAGCAAUGUUUGCUUCUAGGGCAUGUAGAAAAUCUGUAAUGAUUGGCACAGCACUCAGCAAGGCAGAUAUGAAGAAACUUGUUAUUCAUAUGUCAGAAAUCGAUAAACCUUGGAAUUGCCCACAUGGACGACCUACAAUAAGACAUUUAGUAAAUUUGGCAUUGAUUCAUGUCAAAGAUGAUGUUGAAUGAUUUGUAAUAUCUUUUUAAAUAAUCAUGACUUAUAUUAUAAUAAAAUUUGUGAAUAUAUAAUAACUUAUUUUAUUUAUAUAACAGAAAAUAUCACUGUGCUUUAAGAAUUAAACACUGAUAGUUUUAAAUAUAUUGAACCCUGUGUGGGCAGUUGUCACUAUGACUCCUGGUAUUUGUUUAUGCCAAUGCAGUUCUUUGAUAUCAUUUUGACCUUGGUGAAUAAAAAGUAACUGUGGUGGCAAAUGCUGAAAAUAUAAAAAAAACAUGUUAAUUAGCUAUUCAAACACUAGAUACAACUAAGAAAAUUCUAAAUAAAAUUACCUUUAGUUCAUCAUCAAUCAUUUCAUCAUCAUCUCGUUCUACUGCUAAAUCCCAUAGAGCUACUUGAUUAUCUUCACCUGCUGAUGCAAGUACACUUGGCUCUGUCCAAUGCCAUUCCACAGAUGUGACAGGUGCUGCAUGGUGCUUGAAUGUACCAACGGGUGUGUUACUAGUAAAUUGUCUUAAAUCCCAGAUAUGAAUGAAACCAUCAUCAC